AUGGAGUAUAUGCAGCCGUCGUACCUGUAUACUCGCCUGGUCGACAAUCUGCCGUGGAAGGGAGGCGACCCCUCGGUCAAAGGAGAUCCCCGGAAGAGCGUGAAAUGGAUUGAUGGCCUCCGAGGCAUCGCAUCCUUCCUGGUCGUCCUGACCCAUCUGGCUCGCGCCUGGGACUACGAUCUCUUUGCGCCGCGCGAUACCGAAGACGCCACGCCGCGAGUGCUCCAAUGGCCAAUUCUGCGGAUCCCCUGGCAGGGCCGCAUCGGGGUCACCAUCUUCGCCUUCCUGACGGGCUACGUGUGCGCCCUCAAGCCCAUCAAGCAGUCCCGCGCCGGCGACCGCUACGCCGCCUUCACCUCCGUCGCGAAGAGCGCCUUCCGCCGUCCGCCGCGGCUUAUCCUCCCGGCCACCUUUGCCAUGAUCAUCUCGUGGGUCAUGGCCCAGUGCGGCGCCUUCAUCGUGGCCAACCGCUCCGACUGCUGGUGGUGUCGCUACGCCGCCCCGGAUCUCGAGGACUCCUUCUGGAAAGAGGUCCUCCGCCUGUUCAAGAACUUCCUCAGCACCUGGACCACCGGCUACAUGGCCUACGAUGACCACCAGUGGGCGCUGUUGCCGCUGCUGCUGGCCUCGAUGCUGGUGUACAUUCUCCUGUUCGCGACCAUGUUUGUCCGCUUCCGCUAUCGCCUGGUCAUCUACCUCAUCAUGCUUCUGUACUUCCACCAGGACGCCGCCAAAAACACGGAAACCUUCCAAAUGCAAGCCAUCUACGGCAUGUUCCUGAGCGAUCUGUCCUACGAGGCCGCCUGGCGCGACUUCAUCGACCGCCACCGCUGGCCGCGGCGUAUCGUCGCCGGCAUCCUGGCCAUUACCGGCCUCCUCAUCGCCGGGUACCCGGGCGAGCACCCGGAGUGGGCGACGUGGUCGGACCUGAUGUACCAGGCGGCGCAGUACAUCUUCCCACCGGACGUCAAUAUCGGCAAGCGCUACACGGCCGUUGGCGUCGACCUGAUCAUCUUCGCCAUCUUCAUCUCCCCGUCCACUAAGGAAUUCCUCUCCAACCGCCUCCUCCUCUGGCUCGGCAAGCAGAGCUUCGCCGUCUACCUGGUCCACGGCACGCUGCUGCGCACCGUGCUGUGCUGGAUGCUGUACGGCAUCUCGGGCCAGCCCUGGGAGGAGGUCGUCGACGAGAACGGCAACCCCAUCUACGACGAGGACGGGAACCGCGUCCUGCCGCCCUGGCUGCCCAUCCGCCCGCCCUGGGUCGUGGCCAUCAGCAUCCCCGCCUGGAUCGCCCUCGUGUACUUCUGCGCCUCCCUCUGGACCAACUACGUCGACCCCGUCUGCGCCCGCAUCACCCAGAAACUCGAGAACUGGAUGUUCGUCGACGACGAGAAGGACGCCGCCCCGCCGCCGCUGCCCAUGACCUCCCUGCCCAUGCCGACGGCAUAG